AUGGAUAAUUAAUUAAAUCGAUCGAAUACAGUUAAUAUUGAUAUAAGUUGUAAGUUUUAUUAAAUUAUAGAAAAGCAUACAAAAUAGCAUCAACUCUUGAUACAAUUAAGGAAGCAUAAUUAGAAAGAAAGAGAAAUAGAUCAAAACGAAGGUUUCAUGCAGCAUCGUUUCAUUUUGGGAAUGGUGUUUAAAAUAAUAUAGAAAAAGGAGAAAAAUAAAGAUAAGAAGAGCAUUCAUUAGAUCAAAUAAGAAGAAAUUAUGUAUAAAAAAUGAAAGCAUUUCCUAAAAUUGAUGCAUAUAAGCAUCUUAAAGGUUAUUUACAAUUGUAGGAUUAAGAAGUAAAAAGAAUUAAAAAUAACUCUAAUUAAUUAUCUUUUGGAACUUUAUACCCUUAAAAUGAAUAAGAAGAGAAUUAAUUGUCAAACUUUCUUGUUGGGACAUCACCAAUUAGAAGAAAUUAUUCAAAUAAUCGUUAUAUCUAAGAAAGUCCUGCUAGAUUUUUAUAGAAUUAAGCUAUACCAAAUUUAGAUGAAUAUUUGAGAGAUCGAAAAGUUCGUAAAUUGAUUAGAUAAACAAUUACAAAAAAAGAAGUAGUUUUGUAUCUAUAAAUGAAUUUUAGCAACUUGAAUAAUAAAUUCAGGAUCUAGAAAAUAAAAAGUUUAAAUUGCAUGAAAAGACCUAGGAUCCUAGAAACCUUAGUUUAAAUGAGUUAAUUGAAAAAUAAGUUCAUAAAUAUAUCCCUUAUAAAUUUGAUGCUAAAGUUGAUACUCGUAAAUUGUAUAAUUUUAUUUUGAUAUUUUUAGAAAUACAGAAAAAGUAGUUAAAUCUACAGAAGAAGUUCCAAUGACUAUGUUAAAAGAAAAGUUGUUAACUGAUAAUAUUAAGACAAAUGGAGAAAUGUUUAGCAGUAUCAAUCCUUUGUAAUUGUAAUUAUACUCGAUUACAGAUAAGAUUUUAUAAUUUCAUAAAUCUAAAUGUAAUUUAUUUAAUAUUAAAGAAAAGUUCAAUUCUGAAAUGAUUAAAUCUUUAUAAAAAAGUGAUCAUAAUAGGAGAUAGACCUUAUUUCAUAAACAUAUGGUUUAUCAUUAAGAAUAAUAAUAUGCUAGUAGUUAAAAAGAUUUAUUUUAUGUUUAAUAAGAGUUAAUGACAAAUUUGAAUGAAAGAAUAAAUUAUAAUGAAAAUUUAACUAAGAAAUUUUAAAAAUUAAUCACAAUUUUGAGAGAUGGUCAAAUAGAAUUAGAAGAUGAUGAUUUAUCUAUUCUAAAUGAUCUUCGAUAUAUAAUUCUUAAAGGUAGAAAUUUAAGUGAUGAGGAUUUUCUUGAAUUAUUAAGAUUAAGAAACUUUACAAUUUCUUAGAGUUGUUUAGAAUUAAUAGUUAAUCAUCUCUUUCCAAAUAGCAAAAAUGAUAUUAUAAGAGAGUAUAAUCAAAAUCAUUGUUGA